AGAAGAAGAAGAAAUGAGUCAGAGAUUUCUCCUCUGUACUUGACACUCAAAUCAGACAAAAACAUCAGUAAAACAACAGCAACAGGACCUCCUCGGCCACCGUCGUCAUGCCGUGCUGUCGCUUUCUGUGUCAGUAUGAAACCGCCAAACUGGUCCGGAUCCAGAGUGUCCGUCUGGGGUCUUUAAAGUGGGGUCUGAACGGAUUCAUCCUGCUGCUCAUCUGCAUCAUGAUGUUGUGGAACAGGAAGUACCAGGAGUUUGAUCUGGUCGUGAGCUCCGUCACCACCAAGGUUAAGGGCGUGGCUCAGACUCAGCUGCCCGGGAUUGGAGACGUGGUCUGGGACGUGGUGGACUACAGCGGACCCUCACAGGAUAAAAACUCGUUCUUCGUGGUGACCAACGUCAUCGUGACCAAGAAUCAGAAACAGGGGAAAUGUCCUGAGGCUCCUCUUAAAGACCGAACGUGCCGCUCUGAUAAAGACUGUGAGAAAGGAUCCUGGGAUCAGCUCAGCCAUGGGGUUCAGACCGGAUCCUGUGUGAGGUUUGAUGUUCUGAAGAAAACCUGUGAAGUUUCUGCGUGGUGUCCAGUCGAAACGAAGACCAAGCCUCCGAGACCAGCUCUGCUGGCAGCAGCUGAAAACUUCACCGUCCUCAUCAAGAACAACAUCAGAUUUCCUGCCUUCAACUUCAUCAGGAGGAACAUCCUUCCCAACAUGAACGACGCCUACCUGAGGACCUGUACCAGGACGGACGACUCGCUGUGUCCCAUCUUCAGACUCGGAGACAUCGUCAGAGACGCCGGGGAAAAGUUCUCUGAGAUGGCUGUGGAGGGUGGCGUCAUUGGCAUCCUGAUAAAGUGGGACUGUAACCUGGACCACCUGAUGAAGCGCUGCCUCCCUCGAUACUCCUUCAGACGGCUGGACGAGAAAGAGAGCAACAGGACGCUCUACCCCGGGCUGAACUUCAGGUUUGCUAAAUACAACACAGUGAACGGAGUGGAAGAGCGAACGCUCUACAAAGCCUUCGGGAUCAGGUUUGAUGUCAUGGUGUUUGGACAGGCGGGAAAGUUCAGCUUCAUCCAGCUCAUCAUCUACAUCGGAUCAACGCUGUCCUACUACGCUCUGACGACCAUACUGAUCGAUUGGCUGAUUGGAACGAGCUGUUAUUCUGCAGAACAAAACUACUCAGAGAAAAAGGUUGAGUCAGUGCAGGACAAACAGAAGUGCAUCCUCUGCGUUUCCUACGUGGAUGAAAACAACAUCCGUCUGGUGAAGAGAUCCCAGAAGAAAAGUUUACAGGACAUCAGACCCUGGUCUGUUGAGCCCCGGAAGGAGGAUGUGGGACACCUGCAGGCCGUCCUCUCCCUCCUGCAGAUGGAUCCAGAAUCUCUGCCUCUCCUUGAAAACAAACCUGAGGUGAACCCCAGACCGCGUCGUCCCUCCUGGUGUAGAUGCGACUGCUGCUCCCCGUCCUCGCUCCCUCACGAGGAGCUCUGCUGCCGGAGGAGCGCCGGCGCCUGCAUCGCCUCGUCCCCUCUGUUUGAGCAACUCGUGCUGCGUCGCCCCCUACUGGAGGCCGUCCUUCUGUACAGGGACCCUCUGACGCCGCCCUCUGAUCAGGCUCAGACCGCCGCCCUGCGUCACUGCGCCUACAGACAGUACAUCAGCUGGAGGUUUGGGGUCCCGCCUGCAGACACUCACCCCGCCAUCCCGAGCUGCUGUGUGUGGAGGAUCAGAGACGAGUACCCCAGCCCGGACGGACAAUAUGGCGGCUUCAGACCGACGAGGACGGCGACCAUGCAGGCGUGUGCUAACGGAGAGCUGUGAGAGGGGAGUUUAAGAGUGACGCACUAACAGAUUUCUGUUUAAUGGGCCUUAUAAAACCAAAGACUUAUGAAUAACCUCACUGUUAACCUGACUUCUUUUUGGCUCUAGGAGAAGCAGAGCUCUGCCUGUGAGCAUCUGAGCGAGGAUAAGGACUCCCUCACUGUGUGAGAGAUAAGAAGAAGAGACUGGUAUCUGAGAGGAUGUUCUGAUUCAGCUGUGUACAACAAUAAAUGCCCAACUCCUCCAGACUGAAGAAGCUCCAUGUCUGCCUGUUGUUGCUGAUGAGUUAGAUAGCAGGGUUAGCUCUAACGUUGUAUGUUUGUUUGUUUUGUUCCUGUCACAUCACGGUUGAUGCUUUGCAUGCAACUUUAAGCUAAGAUAUUAAGGAUGUGAGGUGGCUCACUCUUCAUCAAUUUUCAUGCUGUAAAACAAUGCAAUGCAUGCAUUUAGCCUGAAAUUACACAUCCCACAAAUCACUGACAAUUAAACCCAUCAGCAACAAAUUUUGUUGACAAUGUUGACGAUUCGUUGCAGUCAGUAACAUCACUCCCUGCCCAGAUGUUCACACAGUCCGGUACAGCAGAGGGCGCUAGCUGGUGUGCAAAGACUUUAGAAGAGGAAACCAUGGCCAAGUCUCCAACAAUGACCCUCUUCCUCCCUCCACAUCUACAGAGCAGCUCUGAGGAUGAAAUGUUCCUGUGCUGCAGGGAUAUGGUGCUUUAGUGGAAAUUCAACAUGUUCAGGACUUUACAGCUCCACUCACCAACGACCCUGUACAGGUGGACCAUGCCACUCCUGUCAGUGUUCAAGCCUCCACUCAGGUACCUCAUUGCCUUUUUGAUCGGACCGUUUUUAACACCUCGUGUCCUCUUACACACACCGCUGGUGUCUUAAGAUCCAUGAAUCCAGCCCUCCAGUAUCCAUGCACUGAAGUGCCUUUCCUCUCGAAUAGAUAGAAGCCUGAUAGAAACUACUGCAGCCAUGGGAGAGAGGCUAAUUCUGUCAGUUUUUGCCAUGCAGUGGGACAAAAUAUUGUAAUACUGUAUUGCAACAAACGGGAACGAUGUUGGCCUGCCAGAACAGCUGAACCAGUAAUGCCUGCACACUAGCUUCCUAUAUCAGCUAACUACCUUCUAAUUAUUCCUUCUAACUUUUCAGGUAAAGGUGUAAAAACACACUAACUGAUAAAUCUGAUGGUUUGUUCCAGUCUAUCUAGAAAUCGCUCACACAGCGGUUUGUUUCUGAUGGUGUUAACCUGCAGACUGGAGUGUGAACAGAGCCGAGGGUCUUCACAGAUGGAUUAUCUGAUGGAGCUGGGGGAUGAAGGGUUAAUGGAUGGAUGGGUUUACAGAUGGAUGGAGGAUGGACGGAUUAAACGCCUGGAUGGAUGGAUGGGUCACUGUACCUACAGGACAAAUGUGUUUACCACAAACACACAUGAGAAUCAGGUGUCAGACAGCAGCGAUUCAAUCUCCUGCACUGAAAAAGACUGGAUUAAAGGAGAAGCAUGCAUGUCUCCACUGCUCUCAUUCUUCAGCAGAAAUGGGAAUAAUUGAGUAAAAAGUGACACUCUGGAUAGUUCUCAGCUGUUAAAGUUGCUGCAGCUUUAAAAUGUCG